GUGGUGCAGCAAUGACGUCACGGAUGUUAAACUAAAGUCAAACAUUGUUCAAGUCAAACAGAACCAUGAGAACUUCCGUCAAUAUUUAACCAGAACGCUCAAAGUCCCAGUCAGCCCAGUUGGUCUGAGUCAGUCCGGACAAGAACCUUCGUCAUGCUGAGAUCCAAGACCUGGACCAGCACGGCUUACUGGGUCAGAACCUGGAGCCGCCGGAACCAUGGAGCUGCUGCGUCUGCCCGGCUGGACCUGAGCGGGAUCUACCCGCCCAUAGCCACCCCCUUCACCGCCCAGGAGGACGUGGACUACGACAAACUGGACCAGAACCUGCUCAAGUACGCCAAGAUACCGUUUAAAGGUCUGGUGGUUCAGGGCUCCAAUGGCGAGUACCCUUACCUGACGGAGGAGGAGCGCGUGGAGGUGGUGAGGAGGGUCCGCCGCUCGCUGCCUGCUGACAAACUGCUCCUGGCCGGGUCCGGCUGCGAAUCCAGCAGAGCCACGCUGCGGCUGACGGAGAAGAUGGCGGCGGCCGGAGCCGACGCCGCCCUGGUGGUGACGCCGUGCUUCUACAAGGGCAAGAUGGACAGCCACGCCCUCGUGCAACAUUUCACCAAGGUGGCAGACGGCAGUGCGGUGCCGGUGGUUCUGUACAGCGUUCCCGCCAACACGGGCCUGGAGCUUCCUGUGGACGCCGUGGUCCGCCUGUCCCAACAUCCCAACAUCGCCGGACUCAAAGACAGCGGCGGAGAUAUCUCCCGCAUGGCCCUGCUGGUGCACAAGACCAAGUCUCACCACUUCCAGGUGCUGGCGGGCUCCGCCGGCUUCCUCAUGGCGGCCUACUGUGUGGGCGCAGUGGGCGGAGUCUGCGCGCUGGCCAACGUGCUGGGUCAGCAGGUGUGCGACUUGGAGCGUCUGUGCACGUCCGGUCGCUGGGACGAGGCCGGGAGCUGCAGGGGCGCCUGGUCGAGCCCAACGCCCGCCGUAACCAGGAAGUUGGGAGUGCCCGCCCUCAAGCAGGCCAUGGACUGGUUCGGUUUUACGGCGGGCGUCUGUCGAUCGCCCCUUCAACCUCUGGACCACGAGCAGACGGAGCAGCUGAGGCGCGACUUCUCGUCCAACGGGUGGAUGUGA